ACGUACCAUUCUCAGCAGAGGCAAAGCUCGCCACAACACCCGGUAGAAACUGGUACAACUGCCCACUAGCAUUUAGGCUCGAGUGUUUACUGUCAUUCUUGCAGGAGGAUUUUCAAAUAUAAAAUAAUAAUCGUUUAUUUGUAACAAAAUUUGAACAUGUCGGACUCAUCCUCUGGCCAAUUUAUGUAUUUUGCAUUUGGAAGUAACUUGUUAAAGGAAAGGCUACAUCUAGCAAAUCCCUCCGCGACGUUUUUCUCUAUAGGUCGUCUUAAGGACUAUAGACUGAACUUUGGCCUGUCGGAGAAACACACCGGAAGUGAGUGGCACGGCGGGGCAGCCACCAUUGAAGAGAGUCCCGGCGCAGAGGUGUGGGGGGUCAUCUGGACUCUGAGCAACGAGCAUCUGUCGAGUCUAGACAACCAGGAAGGCGUGAACGUUGGAAUCUACUCCCCACAGGAGGUCUCCGUAGAAACGGAUGAGGGCGUGAUCCUGUGCAGGACCUAUCAGAUGAAUCACUUCCAUCCGUGUCCUCCUUCUCCUCAGUACAAACAGGUGGUGUGUAUGGGUGCAAAGAGGAGCGGGCUUCCCGUAGAGUACCAGAAAAAGCUGGAGGAAAUUCAAACCAACAACUACAGUGGUCCAUCCAUCCUGGAUCAAAUCAAAAUUGAAUAACUGAAAGUUAAAAAAGAACAUUUGUGCAAGAAAAGCGAAUAAGGAACCUGCAAAGAAGUUUUUUUUCAUCAACAUAUAAAAAAUAAAUUAAGUUAUUCAAUUAAAUUGUUAGAAAAAUUCCACAUUGGUUUCCGUCUCUUUUUACUAUUUAUUGGAAAUAUAACAAACAUGUCACUGUGAUGUCAAUGGCAGUGUGAUGUCACUCCUCAGGCUGAUGAAAGACCUGAAACAUUGAGGUUUCUUCUCAUGACUGACGACGCUCUAACAGAACCAAACAUGUAAGCUGUGUGAAUGGCCUGGAAAUAUUUAUUUAAAAA